ACAUGCGGAAUACUGCUCCCACUUAACAAAUAAGCGAACUGAUUAACUGAGCAAUGGCGUCGAUUCCCAGCUCCCGCCGACUGAUCAUCUGCUGCGCGCUGAUGCUAGUGCUCGCGGCCGCUGCGUCGGCAGGGGAAGCGCGGCACGUUACCGUGGCGUCUCGGCACGAGCGUUGGAUGGCCAGGUUCGGGCGCGCGUACAAGGACGCGGACGAGAAGGCGCGGCGGCAGGAGGUGUUCGGGGCGAACGCGCGGCACGUGGACGCCGUCAACCGGUCGGGCAACCGCACGUACACGCUCGGGCUCAACCACUUCUCCGACCUCACCGACCACGAGUUCCUGCAGCAGCACCUCGGCUACCGCCACCACCAGCCCGGCCCCGGCGGGCUUCUUCGUCCCGAGGAUCAGGACAUGUCCAAGGCUACCGCUCUGGCGGAUUAUGGGCAGGACGUGCCGGACAGCGUGGACUGGAGGGCCCAGGGCGCCGUCACCGAAAUCAAGAACCAACGCUCCUGCGGGAGCUGCUGGGCGUUCGCGGCGGUGGCGGCGACGGAGGGGCUGGUCAAGAUCGCGACGGGCAACCUGAUCUCCAUGUCGGAGCAGCAAGUGCUCGACUGCACGGGCGGCGGCAACACCUGCGACGGGGGCGACAUCAACGCGGCGCUCCGCUACGUGGCCGCCAGCGGCGGGCUGCAGCCGGAGGCGGCCUACGCGUACGCCGCCCAGAAGGGCGCGUGCCGGGGCGCCUCUCCAGCAAACUCGGCCGCGUCCGUGGGCGGUGCCCGGUUCGCGCGCCUGGGCGGCGACGAGGGCGCGCUGCGGGGGCUCGCUGCGGGCCAGCCGGUGGCCGUGGCAUUGGAGGCCUCGGAGCCGGACUUCCGGCACUACAAGAGCGGCGUCUACGCCGGGAGCGCGUCCUGCGGGCGCCGGCUUAACCACGGCGUGACGGUGGUCGGGUAUGGGGCGGAGGACGACAGUGGGGACGAGUACUGGGUGGUGAAGAACCAGUGGGGUACGUUGUGGGGCGAGAAGGGAUACAUGCGCGUGGCGCGCGGGGACGUCGCCGGCGCUAACUGCGGCAUCGCCUCCUACGCAUACUACCCCACCAUGGACAGCUGAUCCGUGACCAACAUUACAUCGAGAUCGAUCGAUGCAUCAUCGAGUAUGCUUCAUCAUCGGUCGACGUUACCAUACAAUACGUAUACGAUGGAUCCUGAAUAACAAGAUCGGUCGUAAGAACGAUCCAUGUACGCAACAAAAAGCCUGUAUGCACUUCUUCCGACCCAUGUUACUGGAACUAAAUCGAGAGAAGUAGUAUGAUUGGAGGGAGUAAAUAAUAUUUCUAGAGCAAAGGACAAAAAGGUCAAGCUUGUAAAAUCAAGCAUCGCGUUCUUCGUC